AUGUUCUCUCCUGCAGACUGGCUCCAAGCUGCUGUUCUCUCCAUGGGGCCUGAGGUGAGGGCCAGGGACUUGUCCUGUGGCCCAGAGCUAAGUCACAGGGAAGACAGCAAUGGCUCCACCCAGGAGCAGAGCGGACCACACAGUACAUGUAGCCAUGUCCUGGGCCAGGACUGCAUAGAUGGGCAGAUCUUGGGCCAGUUGCGCCCCCUGUCAGAAGAGCAAGAACCCUCUGGGGCUACCUUCCUUGGGGAGCCUGCCUUCCCUGAGAUGGACUCAGAGGAUCUCCGGCUGGCUUCCUUCUACAACUGGCCAUCCACUGCUGGAAUUCAGCCCGAGCCAUUGGCUGCUGCUGGCUUCUUCCACACAGGCCAGCAGGACAAGGUGAGAUGUUUUUUCUGCUAUGGCGGUCUGCAGAGCUGGGAGCACGGAGAUGACCCCUGGAUAGAGCAUGCCCGAUGGUUCCCCAGGUGUCGGUUCCUGCUGCAGUCAAAAGGAAGGCACUUUGUGGAAAGAAUCCAGGCCUGCACCCCCUUGCUUGGCUCCUGGGACCAAUGGGAAGAACCAGAAGAUACGGUCCCUGCCACCCCCUCAGCUCCUGCCCAUGGAGGCCCUGAAUUGUUCACAUCCAGAGGAGUGACACAGCCUGAAGAUGUCAGUGAGCCAGGAGCUGGGUCUGUGCAGGAACAGCUGCAACAGCUGCAGGAGGAGAGAACAUGCAAGGUGUGCCUGGAUCGAGCUGUCUCUGUAGUCUUCGUGCCCUGUGGCCACUUAGUCUGUCCUGAGUGUGCCCCCAACCUGCAGAUGUGCCCCAUCUGCAGGGUGCCUAUCUGCAGCUGUGUACGCACCUUCCUGUCCUAA